AAGCGGGCAGGCGGCGGAAAUACCCGAAGCGGCAAGGCGCCCGAGGCCGUUGCCGACCUUCGCGCCGAAGCCGCGGCUGCCGCAGAAGCCGAGCCGCCUCAAGAACGCGGCAGCCGGCCGCCGCCUAAUCCUUCACCCCAAGCCUCAGCCCCCUCGCGGAGUGAUCGAUUGAGCGGGCGAGCGGCGCUACCCAAGAAGCGCAGCUUGGCCUGGGAAGACAGAGCGGGCCAGGGGGCGGAGGGAGCGGCCGUGGGGGGGGAGGUAGGGGCGGGGCCGAGCGGGCCCGAGAACAGACGAGUUAGUCCGAGGGCUGCCGAGGGAUAGCGAGGCGCUGGGCCAGGCCGGAGCCGGACUACGGGAGCCGAGGCGGGCCGCGCGGUGGGCGCGGAGCGGCGCGGCAGGCCCGGCGGGCGGCGGCGGCGGCGGGUCCGAGGAGCGGAGGCGACGCGGGCGGCGGUGGGGGACUGGGUGGCCGGGAUCCCGGGCCCCGCAGCGGCGGCAGCGGCGGCGGCGGCAGGAUGAUCAAGCUGUUCUCGCUGAAGCAGCAGAAGAAGGAGGAGGAGUCGGCGGGCGGCACCAAGGGCAGCAGCAAGAAGGCGUCGGCGGCGCAGCUGCGAAUCCAGAAGGAUAUAAACGAGCUGAACCUGCCCAAGACGUGUGAUAUCAGCUUUUCAGACCCAGAUGACCUCCUCAACUUCAAGCUGGUCAUUUGUCCUGAUGAGGGCUUCUACAAGAGCGGGAAGUUUGUGUUCAGUUUUAAGGUGGGCCAGGGUUACCCGCAUGACCCCCCCAAGGUGAAGUGUGAGACGAUGGUCUAUCACCCCAACAUUGACCUCGAGGGCAACGUCUGCCUCAACAUUCUCAGAGAGGACUGGAAGCCAGUCCUUACGAUAAACUCCAUAAUUUAUGGCCUGCAGUAUCUCUUUUUGGAGCCCAACCCUGAGGACCCACUGAACAAGGAGGCUGCCGAGGUCCUGCAGAACAACCGGCGGCUGUUUGAGCAAAAUGUGCAGCGCUCCAUGCGGGGUGGCUACAUCGGCUCCACCUACUUUGAGCGCUGCCUGAAAUAGGGUUGGCUCAUACCUGCCCCUGCCAGGGCCAGCAGCCCUGGCAUCCCCUGCAAAUAUUUAUUGGGGGCCAUGGGUAGGGGGUUGGGGGGCGGCCAAUGAGGGAAUCUCCUGCGUUGGACUUGUCUCCUCUCCCUGCCACCUUCCCCUAGUUAUUUUUUUUUUCUACCACCAUGUGAUUAAGGUCGGUGUUGCCUCCCCCGACCAACUCAGCGAUGGGAAAUGAAUUGGCUUGUCCAGCCCCCGUCCCAGCUGAGUGCUGUCUAGCCCCCAUUCCGGGCUGUAGGGUGGGUAGGCAAGGGGCCUGGGUAGCUAGGCCCGGUCGACCCACCCCUCCACCAUUGGAGGUCCCACCAGGCUAUUAAAGGGGAAUGUUACUGCA